AUUUCGCAGGCGGUUCUUCGUACACAACAAAAUAUUCUUUGGUGCAGAGAGUGUAUCCCUUCAAUAGGGACAAGUGAGAACGGUGUCAAGUGUGUGUGUCACAGAGUUUACGUUCACGCCCAAACGAAAAAAGUGGCAUAUAUUUUUAUUAAAAUUAAUUGGUGUGAUUGAGCUUUAGAUCGAAAAUAUCAAUUAAACUUAAUUUAAGUGAAAGGUUAAAUUCAUUAAAUAGUGUGGAGUGAAAUUUUUAUAAUUCCUGAAGGACAUUUAAGAUAUGGAGACUUCAUCGAUAACCAAGACCACCACUCUCACUACACCUGCCAAAUUGUAUGGCAAGGAUUUAAGCGCGUAUGAUGAGGUUGAUGUUGAUGCUCUGCUGGCGCAUUUGUCACCGGAAGAAAUCAAUAUUUUGGCCAAAGAUGUCGAUUCCGAUGACAAUUUCCUGCCACCCGAACAAUGUUGCAGUUAUGAAUGUGCCAAAGAUCCCACUGGUCCGUUGAAUCGCAAAAAGCUUAUCGAGCAUAUUAAUAAGCAGGCCUUAGAAACACCCGAUGAGCCCGAAUUUGAGCCGUACAUUAAGGGUACAGUGCGUGGCAAGAAAUGGGUACCACUCGAUUUGGGUGAAGAGUAUGAGCAUUCACUGAGCGACGCUACACAAGAAGAGAUUAUCGAUCUGGCUGCUAUUCUUGGCUUCCACUCGAUGAUGAAUCAGGACCAAUAUCAUGCUUCUUUGUUGAAUAAAGGUCAACCAGUUGGCAUGGGAUGGGACGGUAUUACAAAAUCAACUCAACCAAAAUUGUUCCCCUUGAACGCACCAAAUAACAUAGAUGUCGAAGAAUCAAUUAAACGCGUAAAAGAUAACGAUUCAAAAUUGAUUGAACUGAACUUAAAUAACAUUAAGAACAUUUCCGAUGAGAAAUUGGAACAACUUUUCCAAGUACUGCCUGAAAGGGAAAAUUUGGAAGUUCUUUCCUUAACAAAUGCCGGUCUUACCGACAAGACAGCUCUCUUAUUGGCUGAAACAAUUGUGAAAAGCAAAACCUUGAGAGUAUUAAAUGUUGAGACGAAUUUCAUUAGUCCGCCUGUUAUUGUGACCUUAGUGAAAGCCCUGCUCAAGUGCCGCACAAUUGAAGAGUUCAGGGCCUCCAAUCAACGAUCCUCAGUGCUCGGUAACAAGAUCGAAAUGGAAAUAACCGAAUUAGUGGAAAAGAAUCCAUCAUUGCUCAGAUUGGGCCUGCAUUUGGAGUUCAAUGACUCACGCCACAGAGUUGCCGCACAUUUGCAGCGAAACAUCGACAGAAUAGUAAAUAGUAAAUCGCCUGAGCGUAAAUAA